CGGCGUGUUCAGUUCAGUCGAACGGGACGCUCCGACGAGAGCGGCCGCCUUGUCCUAGCACAGGGACGAACGAACUUUCUGUUACGUCACACGUACAGCUCGAGGGUGAAAUUCUGAUCGUAGAUAAUAGUGUCCCUCUGAGGGAGGUAUAUAAAUUGGUUCUGUGGGAUGGUGAUUCGAUAAAAGUGCGAUGGUGCGUUGUCGAGGUGUGAAGCGAGUGACCAUCAUGCAUGCCUGCACAACCCUGCUGUGGUUGGUCACCUGUUUCAACGGUUUACAUGCAAUUAAAAUAGUGAAGUUUGUAGUGCCAGAGAUAAUUCAGUAUGGUGUUCAAGACUCGGUAAUAUUAGACUGUGAUUACACGUAUGGGAACAGAACUCCUGGCUUAAUGGUGAAAUGGUUCUUCAGAAGCAAAACGAAACCAGUGUAUCAGUGGAUAGUGUCACAAAAGCCUCAGGACAUAGGCAUAUUGAGGGGUCGUGUGGACUUAAAUUAUAGAGCAUCAGAUGAUCCCCUCAAAAUGUAUAGAGCUCUUCGAAUAGUUAAAUUAGAUACGGACAUUUCUGGUGAAUAUAUUUGCGUAGUGUCAACGUUUCUUGAUGAAGAUGUCAGGAGUAAACACAUGACGGUCUUUGUUCCCGAGACGAGUUUCCGUCUGAUCCAGAACAAGACUGAUGAUGACACAGUGAACGUCAUCUGUGCGGCUGACGGGGCCUUUCCUGCUCCCAACCUCACCAUAGCAACGCCAGAAAAGCAUUUACAAGGAGUAGACCACAGAGUACACCUGGUCAACGGGAGGUACUCAGCAGUGUCAUCAGUCACUCUCAAUGAUGCAGACCUGCCUUCGCCGGCAGAAUUCAUCUGCACUCUAAGAAUACCUCAAGCGAAAUACGCCGUGAGAAAAGAAGCCAUUUAUUAUCCAGGACCCAUAAGUACGACGCCAGAAAUGCCCACAGCAGCGGACAUGCAACUUGCAGCUGCAGUCGGUUCUAGAGAACCGAAUAUCUUCACAGCACUCACGCUAACUGCUUUAUCAGUGCUGUUUCGACUUCUCGUCUCGUAAACCGCCAUGAAGACAAUUUAAUACAUCUAAAAAUAAGUCAUACAUUUUAUUUUACUUUAUCAUUCAAAUAUGUCUCAUGAAAGACAUAUCCAGUUAAUUGACAACCAUAAUAUGGCGUUUGAUAGUCACACAUUUUCUCAAAAACGGAUUAUUCUCAGCAUAUUUUUCUGAAAUAGAAUAAGGCUUAUAGUUACUGACACAUUCCGUAUAGAUCUAGUCAUAACAAAGUAACCAAAACCAAACCAAAUAGGUUUAAUUACCCAACAGCUUUAGGUACACAGUUUUGUAAUUAUCAUGCAGAAAUAAAAAUAGCUUUACGUGUUACAUGCGUGUUUGAAAGCCACAUAAGAUUAAUAAAAAAAAAUAGAUAGUAAAAAAUGGGUGUAUGGAUUUCGAAUUUUGAGAAUAUUUUGAAAACCAAAGUUUUAAAUGUGUAUAUAAAUAAUUCUUUGAAAGAAAAUGUACAGACUUUGUUGGUAGUUAGCUGUGUGGUCAUGGGCCUAAGGAAGGACAUUCAAAGUAAUAAUGAGUGUGUCAAGGAGUGUAUGAAUGAGUCUGUAUAGAUUAUUUUAGUUACAGGUUAAUUGCAAAUAAUAAAUGUUCUAAGACUAAAUGUUGAAUUGUAAGCAGCAAUUUUCAUUGUAAAUAAUGAUUAAAGUAAUGUUACCCUGUCAAUAGAAGAAAUGAAGCAGAUGACAAUUAAUCUAUGUUUACCAAAAAAAUAUCAAAAUUCAUUUUUCUUAUAUCGCGAAUUGUUAAGUGUGUCAAGUUAACAACCUGAAAAUGAAAACUCUGAAUAUAAAAAAUGUAUAAUAAUGCUUACUGAAAACAUUUUAGUAUUAAGGAAAUUUUUAUAAGAAGUGGCUUUAAUGGUUUUGGAUAAUAAAUGUUCUAAAAAUAUUACUAUUGUCAUUUGCUUCUACACAAUAUAAUGGAUAUGUCACGGAUGGAAAUCUUAAGCUUAAUAUAUAGCCAAUUUGUUUAAUAUUAAUAGAUUAGUUUAAUUUGACAAAAUGCAAUAUUUGUUUAAAUGUAAUAUUUCCAAAGACGAUAUACGUAUAAUCUGUACAAAGAUUUUUUUUAUUGAAUCAAUGUUAAUGUAUAUUAAAGUAGUAAAAAUAAGACACUCUGGUUAAAUAAUUAAAAGCAAUAUUUUAGUUUAUGUUUGCCAAACAUAAGUUGAAUUUUAUUUGGUCAUGAUCGUUUAUGAAUUAACUAACAACGAAAUGAUUACUCAGAAAUGAAAUGAAAAUUAUUCGGAUCCCAAACAACGGACAAAAAUAGUGAAACUUCGAGUGUCAUCAGAUAAUAUUUUUAUCUUAAUCCUUAAGUUUAAAGAAGGGAUGCAAAGGUCCCUUCGUAAACAGGGUAUCGAAUUUAGUUCAUUAUUAUUUUCAAUUUUAGCAACGGUUCGGUAUGAAUUUUGGACAAUAUUGUAUAAAAAGAUCCGCCCUUAUUCUGAAACUAAUUUUUUUGGCUUCAAUAGCAAUCUGUUUGAUCCUAAACUGACGAAGCACAAAAUUAAUUAUUUUGAACAUACUUCUAAGUCAAUAGUUACCGCGUAAAGUACUCAAUAGGCUAAGUUUAAGUUCAAUAAAAAUUCGUUGAUGAAUAAGGGCCUUUGUAAAUAUUUGUAUGGAUUUAAAAUCAUAAGUUUCUUUGGUUCAAUAAUGUUAAGGUUUUAGUAAUAAUAUUUGCUGUGCAUAUUGCCGUUUAUGGAUAAGAUCCAAUCAAGACUUUUAUUGUGAAAUUUCCUAAAAUAAAAAGGAUCGUUGUGUAA